CCCUUCUCCAUCUACUUCUUUUAUUCUUCUCCACCUUCUCUCUCUCUCUCUCUCUCUCUCUCUCUCUCUCUCAAAUAGUUCUCCUUCUUCUCAUCAUCUAAUAACACUCCUUUCUUCUCUCUCUCUAUCUCUCUCUAAGAGCAGUUAACAUCUUCUUUGCUUACUCUUGUCAAUUAAAUAUUGAUAUCUCACCAACCUCUCUUUCUCUUUGUACAUAGCAAGAAGCAGAGCAACCAUCAAUGGCUGCCAACAAGUUUGCAACCAUGUUACACAAAAACACCAAUAAACUCACUCUUAUUCUAGUCUAUGCAAUGCUUGAAUGGGUUUUGAUCAUUCUCCUACUCUUAAAUUCUCUCUUUUCUUAUUUGAUCAUCAAGUUUGCUGAUUACUUUGGCCUUAAAAGACCCUGUCUUUGGUGUUCUAGGCUCGAUCACUUCUUUGAGCCAUCCAAGUUUCAAAAUUCCUACAGAUCUCUUAUAUGUGAAACUCAUGCUCUGGAGAUUUCUAAACUGAGUUAUUGCUCUAGUCAUCGAAAGCUAACUGAAUCUCAAGAUAUGUGCGAGGAUUGCCUGUCCUCCUCUUCUCCUCAAAGUGAAUUGUCCAAAAAGUUUGCUUUUUUCCCAUGGAUAAAGAAAUUAGGAGUGCUUCAAGACUGUUGCGCUGGUGACAAGGUAUGUGAAAAUGUUGAAAUUAUUUCUAACUGUUCUUGCUGUGGUGUUAGUUUGGAAACAAAAUUGUUUUGUCCUGAUGAUUAUGCGAUCAAGCCUUCCUGGGGUGAUUCUGAGAACACCCAGAAAGGAGAUUUGGUUUGGGAAGAAGAAAUUGAUGUAAAAGAUCAUUCUGAUAGAAACAUGUCGGGUUUUGUAUGUGAUCGUUGUGGUGAAGAACAGAGGAUUGUCGAAAACACAGGAGUAGAGGACAUAAAAACAGAGGAGAAAACAGAGGAGAACUUUUCAUGCUUUGUUUCCAGCGUUGAUUGUAAGGAAAUGGUUGUUAAUGAUUCUGAUAAAGAGGACAUCUCUACAGAAAAAGAGCAAGAAUCUACCAAGGAGGAUGAUUUUAAUGUGUCAGUAGAUGAGCCAUCUUGUGAUCAGGCAGUGAUGGUUCAAGCUGAUUGUAUUAAAGACAUGUCUAAGGAUAUUCAACCUCAGCACCUAGAAUUCUACAUUGAUCAAGAUGAUUGCCACUUGAUUCCUAUUGAAUUGUUGAAUUCUAGUUCAGAGAAGCAAAUUUCAGACAAAAAAGAGAAGGGAGAGGUGGAGAAUUGUGGUAGUGAAGAUUUUGUUUUGGAGUUUGAUAAUAAGCAUGUUGGGCCACAGUAUGAAUUGGUAGUAGAGGACAGAUGCAAUUUUGAAGAGAAACUGCCAUUACUACCAAUUCAAGAAUGUGAGGAGGAAAAUAUGGUUGAUGAGCUUGAGCCAAGGGAUUUAAAUGAAAAUGAGAAUGAGAAUGCAUCAGCAGUAUAUGCAGACUAUGAAUUGAUGGAGGAAGAAUCGGAACAAGUCAGCAUUGCUCAACCCAUCGGAACCAUUACUAGCAAUGGCGAUGAUGUUUUAGAAAACUCACAGAUUUCAGAUGAAGGAAUGGAAUUAGAUAACAAUCAAGUAUCUGAAGAAGUACUUCAAAUGCAAGUUAAUGAAAUUGAAGCAGAUGUAUCUAUGGGCACAGAGAUUCCUGAUCAUGAACCAAUUCAGGAAAUACAAACUCCGGAACUUCAUUCUUUGUGCGUAGAAGUACUUCAAAUGCAAGUUGAUGAAAUUGAAGCAUAUGUAUCUAUAGGGGCAGAGAUUCCUGAUCAUGAACCAAUUGAAGAAAUACAAACUGAAUCAUUUCCUUCUUCAUGUUUAUGCGUAGAAGAAGACCCUUCAACCAGCAAUGGCGAUAAUCAUGCCCUUGAUGAUCAUGGUUAUAAUCAAGCUGAAGAAGAUGAAGUAGAAUUUAGGGCCAUGACAAUUGAAACAAGUGAGCCAGUGAUAAAAUCUCAUUUAUCAUUGUGUUUGGAAAGCAAUGACAUUGAGGAAGAUAAGACUCCUGAUACACCAACUUCUGUAGAUAGUCUCCAUCAUUUACACAAGAAAUUGCUACUCCUCGAAAGAAGAGAAUCCAAUGCAGAAGAAUCUUUAGAUGGAAGCGUGAUUAGUGACAUUGAAGCAGGCGAUGGAGUUUUGACUGUGGAGAAGUUGAAGUCGGCAUUAAGAUCAGAACGGAAGGCUUUGAAUGCGUUAUAUGCAGAAUUAGAAGAAGAGAGGAGUGCUUCUGCAGUGGCUGCAAAUCAAACAAUGGCAAUGAUAAAUAGGCUUCAAGAAGAAAAGGCAGCAAUGCAGAUGGAAGCUCUGCAGUAUCAGCGAAUGAUGGAGGAGCAAUCAGAGUAUGAUCAGGAAGCGUUGCAGCUUUUGAAUGAACUGAUGAUAAAGAGGGAGAAAGAGAGGACAGAGUUAGAGAAAGAGCUGGAAUUAUAUCGAAAGAAGGUACAAGAUUACGAGACAAAAGAGAAGUUGAUGAUGUUGAGAAGAAGGAAAGAAAGUAGCAUAAGAAGUGGAACAUCCUCAGCUUCUUAUAGCAAUGCUGAAGAUAGUGAUGGACUAUCUGUUGACUUGAAUCAUGAAGUGAAAGAAGAAGUUGGUUUCGACAAUCAUCUAGAAAGUAGCAAUCAGAACACUCCAGUCGAUGCAGUUGUAUAUUUGGAGGAAUCCUUGAAUAAUUUUGAGGAGGAGAGGCUAUCCAUUCUUGAGCAACUUAAAGUCUUGGAAGAGAAACUCUUUACGCUCAGCGAUGAAGAUGAACAUCAUUUUGAAGACAUAAAACCAAUCGAACAUUUAUACGAAGAGAAUGGAAAUGGCUACAAUGAGGAUUUUGAUCAUAGCAGUGAAGCAAAUGGAGUUGCAAAUGGUCAUUACAAAGAAAUGAAUGGAAAGCAUUAUCAAGAAAGAAAAAUCAUCGGAGCAAAAGCGAAGAGACUUCUUCCACUUUUUGAUGCCAUUGAUUCAGAAGCCGAAGAUGGGAUGCUAAAUGGACAUGAAGAAGGAGUUGAUUCUAUUGUGUUGUUGAAAUCAAUCAACAAAUUUGACAUAGACAGCAAAAAGCUUGCGAUCGAGGAGGAGGUCGAUCAUGUUUACGAAAGACUACAAGCACUUGAGGCAGAUAGAGAGUUUUUGAAGCAUUGCAUGGGUUCCUUGAGGAAAGGAGACAAGGGGAUAGAGCUUCUACAAGAGAUUUUACAGCAUCUUCGAGAUCUAAGAAGUGUGGAGCUUCGUGCAAGGAACAUGGAGGAUGGUGCUCUAUAAUGAUGUUGUGCUCAACUAUGUCGAAGAUAACAGAUUGUACUAUGGAAGGUAAUCAUUCUAGAUAAAAAUGAUACAAGACCAAAUGCAAUACCGCUUUUAAGCAAAAUAUGUUAUGCGAGGAAGUCACUCGAAGGAUAGGGAGGCUUCUGCUACGGUCGCAAAAUAUGAAAAGUCUGCCUAUUCUUUUUACUUUUUUUUUCUUUUCUCUGUUGUUUUUAUUUUUUAAAGAUAUAACUUUAUUGGUCCAAGUAAGCCCAAAUUUUUGGUGGGUUGAUGUUAUCAUCUCCUUUUUGAGGGGGAAAGGAAGAUGAAGAGAGUAUGUGUGUGUAGGCUAGUGAAACGAAAGCCAAGCUGUCAAUUUGUAUGUUGUGAGUGAAAAGGGCGACCUGGCUUGCAGAGCUGGAGAAAGACCCACAUACCAAGAUUCCUUUGCCAGGUACAUAGCAUAUUAGUUUAUUUUUUCUUAGACAGUUAGGAUUAGGAUACUAUCUUUUUGUCUCUUUUCUUUUCUUUUUUUCUUUUCUUUCGAAUACUUGUGAGAAAGGAAAGAAGAGGUAAGUAACCCCUCCUUUUCUUUUACAUCUCUGCAUCAUUCCAUCAUAUGAGGUUUGUUUUUUUUUUAAUAUUUUGGGGGCAAGGUUGAGUUACUUGUAUACUACAUGUAUCCAUUUGUAAAGUACAUAAAAGUGAGUGUUUGUUUAUUCUC